UUUUGCCUCGAGCCACCGCGGUCCGCUUGGUAGGUGCGGAGACGACCCCCUUUUCGUACGACAUUAUUUAUCGCUUGCCGCCAUGCAGCCUUCCCGCGCCGCCUCCUCCAUGCUGCCACGUGCCGCCUCGAUGGACCUGCCGCCCAUGCGCCAUGAGCCCGCGCUCGCCCGCGCGGCCUCGCUGGACGACCGGGCUUGCGCGACGCGGCCGCAGAUCGUCGUCCCGAGCGACUGCUUGAGCAUGAUGACGAUGACGUCGUCGCCCAUCUCGGUGCAAGCGGUGCACAGCGGGACGCUCGAGGACGAGAUGAAGUGCUUUGGCCUCGACGUCGCGACCGAAUUCCUCUUUUGGAAGGAAGAGAACCUUGCGCUCCUCGAAAUGUCGUUUCCAGCGAUGGACCGCGACCUCCUCGAAGACGUCUUGAUCGAAACCAACUACGAUCUGGGCGCCGCCGUCGACAUGAUCCGCGCGCGUGUCGACGUGAUCAACGACAUGGACGGCGAGGUCUCGUUGGCGCUUGACGACAUGAUGCGCCACCAGAUUGGCUCGAGCCAUACGCCGCACGAGUGGGUCCUUGUCACGGACGACUGGGUCGUCGUCGACGAGACCACCAACAAGCUGCCGUUGACCGACUACACAAGCAUUGCGCUGCACGGAUCGUCGGCCUACUACUAGCUCGCUCGCGCAUGUGUUUUCUGUUUGUUUUCUUAUCUAUCGCUCCCGUAAAGCGCUUGAUAGCGUCGCCAAUUUUGAUAUAAAUAUACAUAAGUUAUCUAUACAAGAGGGCAA